AAAGAAAGUGUGAGAAAGAGCAUGAAAAGAAAUAUGGAGGAAGCAGAAGAUUUCGGUAGAAGUUGAGCAGCGUGUCGUCUGAGCCUGGCACCAGUCAGAGCUGCUCAGCCAAAAGCCCAUGGAGACAGACGAGUGAGAACAAAGCCGGGCCGAGCGGAAGGAGGGAGCAAGUCAGCACUCAGACAGACUGCGCGCGCUCAGAGGAUCACAGACUCGUCCUCGCGCUCCGAGGUUUAAACUCAGCCGCAGCUGCAGAACGACAUGAGCAGGUCCGAGGGGGGGUGUGAGGGGGGGUCCGGGGGGGCCGUGUACCUGCUGACGGGGGGCUGCGGGUUCCUGGGGCAGCACCUGCUGAGGGUCCUACUGGAGAGAGAGGAGGGGGUGAAGGAGAUCCGGCUCUUCGACAAACACACAGACCCUCACCUGCGGGACAGCAGCACAGAGCGGAUGAGGGUGGUGGUCAUCCAGGGUGACAUUACGGAUUACGGCAGCGUUGUGGAGGCGUGUCGCGGCGUGGAUCUGGUUAUUCACUCGGCCAGUCUGGUGGACGUCUGGUACAAAGUCCCGGAGGAGACCAUCCACACCGUCAACGUAGGAGGAACGAAAAACGUGAUAAAGGCGUGUCAGGAGCUCGGGAUUCAGCACCUGGUCUACACCAGCAGUAUGGAGGUGGUCGGACCCAACAUCAAGGGAGACGCCUUCAUCAGGGGAAACGAGGACACGCCGUACAACGUGUGUCAUGACAUGCCGUAUCCCAGGAGUAAAGCUGAGGCAGAGAAACUGGUGCUGGAGGCCAACGGAACCAAGGUUGCGGGCGGUGCGUCUCUCCACACCUGCGCUCUGCGUCCCACAGGGAUUUACGGUGAAAACCACCAGCUGAUGAAGGAGUUCUACAUGAUGGGCGUUCGCACCGGCGGCUGGUUACUUAAAGGGGUUCCACAGAACACUGAGCACGGCCGCGUUUACGCAGGUAACGUAGCCUGGAUGCACGUGUUGGCGGCGCGUGCUUUACGCCAGCAUCCCGAGCGGCUCGGCGGCGAAGUGUACUUCUGCUAUGACGAGUCUCCCUACAAGAGCUACGAGGAGUUCAACAUGCAGUUCCUGUCUGCGUUUAACUUCCGCUCCCUGCGACUGCCGUUCUGCGUGCUCUGGAUGAUGGCGUGCUUUAACGAGCUGCUGCGCUGGCUGCUGAAGCCCUUGUACAACUUCACGCCCAUGCUGAACCGCUACACGCUGGCCAUCGCCGCCACCUCCUUCACCGUGUGCUCCGACAAGGCCCUGCGGCACUUCGGGUACCGCCCUCUGUACGACUGGCAGCAGUGUCACGCGCGCACGCAGCGGUGGGUGGACACGUUCCCGCUGGACUCCGGUGGUAAGGAGGCGUGAAGACGGGACGCACGAGGAGGCAUGAAGACGGGCGGAGACCUUUUCGAUUCUUAAGAAUUUGUGAUUGCUGGGUGGACACGCCCACGUUUAAUUUAUAAAAAUGUAAACAGUGUUAAAGAUUUGCAGUGAGGGGGCGGGGUCAUGAAUUGUUAAUAGAAUAACCAUAUUAAUUAUUCCUUACUAUUUUAAAAACUAACUGCACAACUUGAGACAGGUUUAUUGCGCUAACCAGCUGGACGUGCUAACCCUGGUGCACUGCUUAGGGUCCGAUAGCGUCUAAUUAUUAAUGACCUUUAUUAGGUAAUCAUAAAGUCCACAGUCUGUACGUUACAAUUACGUUUAAUAACCAAGAACACUUGGUAGUAAUGCAAGUAAGGAAGUAAUAAAAGGGAGCAGAUAGUUUUCGUUAGUCUGUAACAGUGGCAGUAGAAGACGUGAGUAUUGUUCUGUAAGGCUGUGCUGCGUUAGGUUUCGUUCUUUAGUUAAUAAUUAGUGGGUGGACAUGUUCUCUUAGAUAAGCUAAUGAUAUAAACCCUUACCAGGGUAACCAGAUAACUAUUUUUAAUACAUAAUGUUAUUACUAUAUUGUGUAUUUUUUUUUACCAACAUAAAUGUGAUCGUUGCUCCCAGACGGCCUCGGGUGCACGUUUUAUUAUCAGGAGUUUAAGCCUCGUCUCACUUCUGCUAACGUUUCCUUCCCUGUACUCACACCGUUAACACACGAAGGACAAAACCUCAUCCUACCUCUGUCUCUCUGUCUGUAUCACUUCACUCACUUCCAGUUAUAGCACAUCGAAUAGACUUUUCAGUUGACAUGGCUAAACCAUGCCUAAAGAAGAUAGCUUAAAACAAUUAAAAUAAAUAUUUAUUACUCUUAGUUAUCUGUAAUUAAAGCGAUGUAAUUUACAGGAAUAUUUAUUUGCCUGAUGUAUUAGUAUAAUGAAUGACAUUAAAGUGCAAUAAACAACA